UUUCCAUUGCAGCAGAGGCGGAGUAACACUGACAUGUUUAAUUUGCCAGUGAGGGCUUGUAGUCCUGAGCAGUAGUGUGGUACAAGUAGUGUGUUCUGUUAGCACAGUAGUGUUUGUACAGCUGUUACCAUACUCUUAAGUAGUUCCUGUAGUGUAAAUGUUGUUCUACCUGAACACAGAACUAACUUUAUAGUUUUGUUCCUGAAACAUUUCUGUUCUCUACAACAACACAGUGGUGUAGAAAUAUGAAGUUGCUGGAGCUGGGGGACUCAAUCAGUCGCUUCAGGUUCGCUCAGUCCUGUGUGGGGCUGGCAGGUUGCCUGUGUGUGUGCUACGCAGUCUGCACACCAUUCUGGAUGAAGGAUAGGGGACUCUGGACUCAGUGUAAUAACACUAAAAGUGACCAGACAAAUCGUAAAGGUGGCAAUGACUUCAACGCCCUGGAAGCAGAGAGAGUAUUUGGAGUUGUUUCCUUCCUCAUGGCUGUGAGCACUGGUGGUCUGUGUGUGGUGUUUGCCCUCUGCUGGACAUCUGAGACAGUGCGCUCCUACUCCAACACUCGCUCUCUCCUCAUGGCAGGACAGGCCCUCUACCCCAGCACUCUGCUGCUGUUCACCAUGGCCUCUACAGGUUUCUUCUUCCUCCUCAGCUGGUCUUUUUUCACCUAUCAGCACAGGGAAGAAAUCCGUCAAGACUUUUCCACCCUCGGCUCCUCCUAUUGGCUAGGGGCUUUAGGUUGGGUCCUGCUGUUGGUCGUGGAGAUGAUAGUCUUUAUAGCUGAGCAAGCUGUUGUGCCCGACAUCCUACCAGACUUAGAGAAGGCUGUGGAGUCGUGGCGGAUUUCCUCUCAACUUAAGCACACUAAAUGCUCGUUCAGCGAUGGUUUUUACCCUGGUGCCUAAUGGCCUUGUGUGGAGUCCAGAAAUGAGGACAUGACAGAGCAAAUGAAUGUUAAUGUGUAAGUUGCACAUUAACCCACUCAGACUGAACGAGAAACCAGCAAUUCCUCGCUGCUUUGUAGAUCUAUACAACCAGACUGGAUAUUGAUUAACUGUGUUGGGAGUUAAAUGUUUGCCAGAGGAAUUAAGACUGAAUCCUGAAAGUCAGUGGGACUGAAGGCUUCAGCUUCCUGAAGAGCUGAUCGUGGUGGUUAUUCUCCACUUUGUUUUCAGUAUUGACUGAAAGGAAAUAAAAACAAUCAACAAUACUGAAAGUAGGCACCAAAUGUAAGAUGACAACUGUUCUCUGACAAAGUAUGCAUGUGUACACUGGUGUUUGCGAAGUUUUACAUUUCAUAAAGCGUUGUCCAGGUUUGACGAGGAACAGAUCCAGCUGUGGGGGUUUCAGUUGGCUUUAUGUCAACAAAACACUCCCUAAACAUCCAACUAGUACCGGUAACUGAAUAUUUCAGCGGGAGCUGCUAUGUAGUUGAUGAAUGUUAAAAACAGAGCCACCUUGUGGUUCCCAUGUGACACUUUUGACAGUCCUCAGCAAAAGAAAAAUAGAUUAUUUGUGUACAGGGACAUCAUAACAUUAUAUAUAUAUAUAUAUAUAUAUGGCAAAUACUCACAGCAAAUACACAUUGUGUUCCUGUGGUGCUUUCCUAUAAAAGGUAUCAAAGGUGUUUGCUGAUGAUUAGUAAUAAUUAGCACACAUAUCUGUAGUCAUACCCCCUUUCAAUGAUCCCUUAUCUUAUUACCAAUUAAUUGUCGUACGGUAUAUGGUAUGUGCAACAAAGCGUACUUUGACAAUGCUGAUCAUGUGCUGUCCCCACCCUUUCACAGUUCAAUAAAAAGUUUCACAAGUUUACAACCAUAA